CAUCAUUAGUUAGAUGGAACUUGGAAGUAUUUAAUUAAUUAAUUAAGUCAAUCAUCGUAUUAUCGCAUAAACAAAUUAAACAAGUUUGUGUAGAGGCCGGCGGCCGCCAAUGAAAAAAUUAUAUAUAAAACUCAUUUUUUAUAUAUUGUCAUCAACUCAUCAUCAUAACAUAGAAAUUGAAUCCAUUAGAAGAGCUGCAUAUAUUGAAUUGAAAGGAGUUGAAAAAAUGGCAGAGAAAGAUGUGAGAAACAAGCAGUUAUUAUUAAGGCACUAUGUAUCUGGCUUCCCUAAAGAAUCUGACAUGUUUGUAUCUUCAGAUUCUACUAUUAAACUGAAGCUUGGAGAUGACUCCAAAGGAGUUGUUUUGGUCAAAAACCUUUUCUUGGCUGCUGAUCCUCAUCUUAGACCUUUGAUGCAAAAAGAUGAUAAAUUUAGUGUUUCUCAGUCUUUUAUUCCUGGCUCACCACUAUAUGGAUUUGGAGUAUCCAGAAUUUUGGAUUCAAAGCACCAAGAUUUUCAAGAAGGUGACUAUGUCUGGGGAGUAACUGGAUGGGAAGAGUACUCAAUCAUAUCAUCACCUGAAAACUUGUUUAAAAUCCAUCACCACACUGAUGUGCCUUUAUCCUAUUACACAGGGAUCCUUGGUAUGCCUGGAUUAACGGCUUAUUCUGGAUUCUUUGAGGUUUGUGGUCCAAAGAAGGGUGAAUAUGUGUUUGUCUCAGCAGCAGCAGGUGCAGUUGGUCAACUCGUGGGGCAGUUUGCAAAAUUGAUUGGUUGUUAUGUUGUUGGAAGUGCUGGCAGCAAAGACAAGGUUGAUCUACUAAAGAGCAAAUUUGGGUUUGACGAAGCUUUCAAUUAUAAGGAAGAACAUGACUUGGGCGCAGCAUUGAAAAGGUACUUUCCUCAAGGUAUUGACAUAUAUUUUGAGCUUGUUGGGGGCAAAAUGCUAGAUGCAGUUCUUAUGAACAUGAGAGUGCAUGGUAGAAUUGCAGUGUGUGGAAUGAUAUCUCAAUACACAAAGGAGGAACAUGAAGGAAUUAAAAACACAGCAUGUCUUAUUUAUAAAAGGAUUCGCAUGCAAGGGUUCAAUGUGGUUGACUAUUAUCCACUCUAUCCCAAAUUCUUGGAGUUCUUGCUGCCUCAAAUCAGAAAUGGUGAAAUAUCAUGUGUGGAAGACAUAGUUGGGGGCCUUGAGAAUGGGGCUGCUGCCUUAGUUAGAGUUUUCAAUGGCCACAACAUUGGAAAGCAAGUGCUUUCACUUAUAAAUGAUGAUGAGUAGUGAUUUUUUUCUUUUUUUUUCUUUUUUUUGUUUAUUUGAAUAAAAUAAAUUAUAAAUUGAAGAUGUUGUAAUUGGUAUCGAGGAUUGUACACGAUAAGUCUUGUCGAGCGUGAUGAGUUUUUGUCAAAAUGAGGUUAUCAAUAGGAGAAAGGUAUUUAAUUCGAUGAGGUUUGUCGAAGUGAAAUAGAGCAGUUAAAAUAGUAUUAGGAUCGAUGGUCAAGACAGCUGAAGACGUUUACACAAUAUAUGUAUCUGCGGGAAUAAUUACUUUUCAA